AUGCUGGAGAGAUGGGAAUUGCUGUGCUUGUUUGUCAAGUCCAAGGUGGUUCGUAUUGUCUUAGAUAGGCUGGCUCAGGAGUGUCAGAUCCGACUGCUACGUGGACAAACCUCCUGCUUCGUUGAUCAGUGUCGCAAAAUACAACAGUCGUAUGAUUCGCAGAAGAAGACAUGGAACGUGAAAGAUAAUCAACAGGAGCUUUUUAUAAGCAUGAAUCGUUGGAAAGAUGCCCUUGUCGGUUCCAUCCACUCAGAAUUGGAGAAGCUGGAGUCGGAUAAGCUCGAAGAGUUCGCUACUGUUGUGUUGAAAGCUUCGGCGGGCGAGAGCUUGGCUAAGGUGCGACCGGCAUCGCGAGAGGAGAUCCACAACCUCAAGUCCUUGUCUGUAUGCCCCUCCGAUAGCGACGUGACCAGGGUACAAAGUUGCGCGUCACAAGAAGCUGAGACCCCUGACGAGGACGAGGAGGGCGAGGAAGAGGUCCGAGGCUUCACGAGAAGUGUCUCAUCCUCCAGCAAGGCGUCAACCACUUGCAGCUCGAGGGAGGAGUACUGGGGCGAUGUCGUUAUGCUUGUCAGGGAGAAGAACGACAAGCUCAAUCGACCGGGAAAGGUUGAGCUAGGGGGACUGGCGGAGCGAAGGUAUAAGAAAGAGGCUUGGUUGGGUAGCAUGAACUCGAUGUUGUGUGGCGUCCACACGAUCCCGUUGAGUGCUGAGCUGUUUCCGGCAUGCUCCAAGACAAAAUCGUCAAAGGCGUGUGAGCUCGAGUCAUUUAAGUUGAAGCAAGGCUGCAACAGGACGCGAAGUGUGGGCCCACCAAUGGGGCCGGAGGAACAAUCGACAGAGAACAAAGAUAGCAAGGGGGAGGGGUCAAAAGGAUCGGACAUUGCGGGGCAGAAAAGAAGUCUGGCAGAAGCUUGUGAGGUGCCUUGUGAAGUUUCAAAGAGAGCGAGGGAGGAUUGAAGGUAAGGGAGGAGGCAGUAAGGAAGUUUGUUUAAUCAUAUUGUUGCGCUAUGAAAGUUUACAUGCAUC